AUGAAAGAUGACUUCUUGAAGACCCUCAACCUCUCCGGGAUUCCAGUGCAGGCACCUGUCAAGGUGGAGCCACCAGAGUACAUGCUGGAGCUCUACAACAAAUUUGCAAUGGACAGAACCACCAUGCCUUCAGCCAACAUUGUGCGGAGUUUCAAAAAUGAAGAUCUGUCUAUGCCAUACAGUGAUGUCCCAGAAGUGAAAAAAUACCCUUUACUUUUCAACGUAUCUAUCCCUCACCAUGAAGCAAUAGUAAUGGCUGAGCUUAAGCUUUACAUACUGGUCCCAAGAGACAGGGUUCCAUAUGAUGGAGUGGGCACAAAAGUCACUAUUUAUGAGAUACAUGGGGGUGAAGAGGGCACAAGGAAUGAUGUGGAACUGGCCUCUAGACUGGUUUACAAAGCAAGCAGUGCAUGGGAGAUGCUUGAUAUUACUGAGGUUGUCCGACGUUGGAGCAGGUCAGAAUUUACAACUCGAAUGCUGGAAGUACACUUACAAAAUCCAGACAUUGACCUAGAAGAUGCUGGAGAAGGUAAACUGGACAUAGAUGUGAAACCGGAAAGUAAACAUGAGCCAUUGCUUGUGGUUUUUUCAGAUGAUCAGAGUAGUGAAAAGAAGGAAGAAAAGGAGGAACUGAAUGACAUGAUCAAUCAUGAGCAAGCUUUAGACCAAGAGAAUGGAGAAUUUGGUGGCAUAGGUAACAUGCCUAGCGAGGAGUCUUUGUUGCAGAUGAGGUCUAACAUUAUUUAUGAUGCCAGUUCCCGCAUUCGAAGAAAUGCAAAAGGUAAUACCUGCAGGAAGACCUCACUCUACAUUGACUUUAAGGAAAUUGGAUGGGACUCGUGGAUCAUUGCACCAGCAGGAUAUGAAGCCUAUGAAUGCCGAGGGGUCUGCUCAUACCCCUUAACUGAAAAUGUUACACCCACAAAACAUGCAAUUGUGCAAACUCUGAUCCACAUGAAGAACUCUCAGAAAGCAUCCAAAGCUUGUUGUGUUGCAACAAAACUGGAUCCUAUAUCCAUACUGUAUCUUGAUGCAGGAGUAGUCACUUACAAGUUCAAAUAUGAGGGCAUGGUAGUGUCAGAAUGUGGGUGUAGAUAG